CAUUUCGAACCGCCAGUUAUUACUCAAGCGGUUCAUCACUUGCCCAUCUUAAAAUUGGGCAUCCUGCACAGCAGUGAUAAGUAAUGAAGCCAUGCAGCGACAUCUUUAGUAAGGGCGAUCCUUAGCGACGUGACAACGUUUUGACGCCAGCCUAUUGGCUGUUCCAAUAAGCAUGCGCCUCCAGAUUGGCCAAUCGCCUUGCGACUCCCAACCCACCCUCCGUCAUCUUAACAUUGGGCACUCCCGACAGUAGCAGAGUGUAGCGAAGCCUCCAGCGACCUUCUUGGUUGAGGGCAGAAUCGAGGGUGGCGUUGCUUACGCUGCCCCGGCAUUCUCCUGGACCCACGUGGAAGUCGCGCUCAGGAUGCUGCGUCGUGAGGCCCGCCUUCGCCGGGAGUACCUGUACCGCAAGGCCCGCGAGGAGUCGCUGCGAACCGCCCAGGAGAGGAAGGAGAAGGUUCGGCGCGCCCUGGAAGAGAAUCGCCUGAUUCCCACCGAGUUACGCAGGGAGGCUCUGGCCUUACAGGGGUCCCUGGAGUUCGAUGACGCUGGCGGUGAAGGUGUGACCAACCAUAUGGAUGAUGAAUAUCGAUGGGCAGGGGUCGAGGAUCCUAAGGUCAUGAUCACUACCUCCCGAGACCCCAGUUCCCGCCUCAAGAUGUUUGCAAAGGAGCUGAAGUUGGUGUUCCCAGGUGCCCAACGCAUGAACCGUGGCCGGCAUGAGGUAGGGGCACUGGUGCGAGCCUGCAAAGCCAAUGGUGUCACUGACCUGCUGGUUGUCCAUGAACAUCGAGGCACACCUGUGGGGCUCAUUGUCAGCCACCUGCCCUUCGGUCCUACUGCUUACUUCACACUGUGCAAUGUGGUCAUGCGGCACGACAUCCCUGACCUGGGCACCAUGUCUGAGGCCAAGCCUCACCUCAUCAUGCAUGGCUUCUCCUCCCGACUAGGCAAGCGGGUCUCCGACAUACUCCGUUACCUGUUCCCUGUGCCCAAAGAUGACAGCCACCGGGUCAUCACCUUCGCAAACCAAGAUGACUAUAUCUCCUUCCGGCACCAUGUAUAUAGGAAGACCAGCCACCGCAGUGUGGAGCUGACCGAGGUUGGACCUCGCUUUGAACUGAAGGUGUACAUGAUCCGCCUGGGCACCCUGGAGCAGGAGGCCAUAGCAGAUGUGGAGUGGCGCUGGCACCCGUACACCAAUACCGCACGCAAGAGGGUCUUUCUGAGUGCUGAGUGAACCCACGCGCUGGUGAGGACGCGGGCCUGGACCGAGGACUUGGGGAGCGGUCAGAAUAAAGUCUAUGUGCCACACCACCC